AUGGAUUUUGCUUCAUUAGGCCUGGGAAGCCUCCCACGCCAGUCACUAGUCGAGGACACAGUCGACUAUUAUAUUCACUUGGUCCCGACAUCUACAGCUGCCGCAUCGCAGAAUGAUGUCAAGUCUGAGCUAGAAAAACUACUUCCAGAUAUCCUCAAGGCAAUCAAGCCUUUUACGGACGAUUUUAUCUGGCAGAGAGACGAGUUUAAACUUAAUAUUGCUGAGAAUGAUGCAAUCGCAUGUCUUCAUGGCCGGAUAGAAUUCGGAGAAUCCAUCGAUGAUGAGUGGUUCACAGUCUUCCUCUUGAGGGAGAUCAGCAAACUGUUUCCCCAGUUGUGGAUACGUGUAACUGAUACGGAUGGUGAAUUCCUGCUUAUCGAAGCAGCCCAUGCACUUCCUAAAUGGCUAAGUCCUGAAGUUGCGGACAACAGGGUGUGGAUAAGCAAUGGUGCACUGCGAAUUAUACCUAGAUCCAAAGACGAACGGGCAGCAGCCAAAGCUGGCCAGUUAAGUUCGCUGAGAGCCAAAGAUGCAAUCAGGUUUCUCGAAAAGUCCCAAGCCGAUUUGCUUCAUAUACAACUCGUCGAGGAAGAAGCCUUCUACCGCAUUUCAAAGUAA